UUCUAUAUUAGUUACUUUAGUUAAUACUUCCCUACUCUGCUCAAGAAUGUAACUCUUAAAUCGUUACAACCUUGCGACUCGUUGUUUUGAGUAAGCCCCCGCUCAGAUGAAAUUUGUCCCUGAUGACACUUGAUCCAUGAGGAGUCCUUAUCAGCGGAACCUCCAGUUGCUGGGAACGACAACUACAACGACAACGACAACGAAAAUGGCUGUCUGCUUGCUUUGGCCCAAUCCCAGUAUUCUGGAGCAUCCUUAUCUGGCGUAUAACUCGACAAAAUGAAAGGGUCGCAAUGACAACUCAAUGAAAAAGUUAGGCAUGCAAACUAAGGACGCAGGCAGUGGAAGCAGCAGGAACAUGAAGUUUGAUAUCAUUAAAGGCCACUUAUGUGUCAAAUGCAACACAGCCGCAGCCGCAGCAGCAGUAGCAGUAGGCCGGGGCAGGACGACCAAGAAGUCGACGGCACACUUAAAUGUCAUUGAAAUUGAAGCUCACUUGACAAGUAAUGCUGGCGCAACAGACCCGCGCCCGCACUCUCAUUCUCUACCCACUCUCUCUCUCUCCCAACCCAACACACAUACGAGCAGGGGGGGGCGGGUCUGAGGAUGAACUUAAGUCAACUACACAAAAGCCCUGUCAGUAGACGCUGACAGCUCGCUUCGAGUCUGCCCCGCCUACGUAUGUGUAUAUCAGAGUUCUGGCUGUAUGAGUAAGUAUGUGCGGUGCAAUUUUCUAUCUUUUUAUGCGAGGUACUCUCGUACAGCAGAGGGUAUAUUG